GGCUUUUGUUUGACGUUCCACGUUAUUUGAGCCUUUUACUUUGAAGACGUCCACCGGAAGUUCCUCGCUCAGCGUCUACCUUGCUCCUCCUGACGUCUCAGCUGGCCCUGCCUGCUGCAGCAGAGGACAACAAUGCGUUUUCGCAGCGCGGAGCCGCCGGUGUGCCGGAGCUGACGGCGAAUGCCGGAGCCACGCAGGGUCACGCACAUGUCGAGCAAACCGUGUCGGUGGUAGGAGCGAGGGUCCUCGGCGGAGCAUGGUGCUGCUGCUCCUCGGACUGCUGUGGUUCCGCUGCGCUCCGCUGUGUGCAGCAGGCUGCAGCGAGCAGCUGGAGGUUCACACAGAGCGGAGGGGCGUCAUCUACAGCCCCUCCUGGCCUUUAAACUACCCGCCUGGCCUCAACUGCAGCUGGCGCAUCCAGGGGAGUCCAGGAGAGGUCAUCACCAUCAGUUUCCGGAACUUUGACGUAGCGGAGUCGGGACAGUGCGCGGGAGACCGGCUCCUGCUGACCCCGUCGUGGAGCGGAGAGUCCGCGCUGUGCGGCUCCGUGCUGCCUCCCCCUUUCAUCUCCACCAGGGGGCGCGUUUGGCUCUACUUCCACUCCCAGACCAACAGCACGGGCCAAGCCCAGGGCUUCCGCCUCUCCUACAUCAGAGGCCACCUGGGUCAGAGCAGCUGUCAGUCCGACGAGUUCCUCUGUGGGAACGGGAAGUGUCUCCCUCGCUCCUGGAAGUGCAACGGGCAGGACGAAUGCGGCGACRCCACCGACGAGCGCGGCUGCUCCCCGCCUCCCACGGAGUCCCGCCCGGGCCUCUGCUCCCCCGGCUCCCUGCCGUGCACCGAGGCUCAGACCACCCGCUGCCUGCCGGCCGCCCUGCGCUGCGACGGGGCCGCCGACUGCCCCGACGGCAGCGACGAGCGGGGCUGCCCGGACACCAGCUGCGGCCAACGGCUCGGCAACUUUUAUGGCUCGUUCGCCUCUCCGGAUUUUUUYCGCGCCGACCGGGGCGCCGCGUCCGAGCUGAGGUGCUCCUGGCUGCUGGACACUCAGGACGCCAAGCCCAUUGUGCUGCAGCUGGACCUGCAGCUGGGGCCCGGAGAUUUGCUCCACGUCUACGAUGGCCUGCUGCAGCACRCCGAGCACCUCCUGCAGGUGCUGUCGCAUCACAACAACAGGCGCCCGAUGCUGCUGGAGUCCAGCCGAGGCCAGAUGAGUGUCCUGUACAUGGCUCAGCCUCGCAGCUCCGGACAUGGCUUCAAUGCCACGUACCAGGUCAAAGGGUACUGCUUCCCCGGUGAGCACCCCUGCGGCAGCRAUCUGGGCUGCUACUCGGAGCGCCAGCGCUGCGACGGCUACUGGCACUGCCCCUCUGGUCGUGACGAGGAGGCGUGCGCCGUGUGUCCGGACGGGGAGUUCCCGUGCGAAGGAGCCACCGGAGCGUGCUACCCUGCAUCGGAGCGCUGCAACAAUCAGAAACGGUGCCCGGACGGGUCGGACGAGAAGAACUGCCACGACUGCCAGCCUGGGAACUUCCACUGCGGGACCAACCUGUGCAUCUUUGAGACGUGGCGGUGCGACGGCCAGGAGGACUGCUUAGACGGGAGCGACGAGAGGGACUGCCUGGCCACGGUGCCCAGGAAAGUGAUCACGGCGGCCCUGAUUGGCAGCCUGGUGUGCAGCCUCCUGCUGGUCAUCGCUCUGGGGUGUGCACUCAGACUGCACUCACUCAGGAGCAGAGAGUACAGAGCGUUUGAGACUCAGAUGACUCGCAUGGAGGCAGAGUUUGUUCAGAGAGAAGCUCCUCCUUCAUACGGUCAGCUGAUAGCCCAGGGUCUCAUUCCCCCGGUGGAGGACUUCCCCGCGUACAACCCCACUCAGGCCUCCGUCCUGCAGAACCUCCGCUUGGCGAUGCGCAGACAGAUCAGACGCCACUCGUCUCGCCGCUCCACUUCAUCCUCCUCCUCUUCCUCCUCCUCCUCCCGGCGGCGUCUCGGGCACCUCUGGAGUCGGCUGCUGCACAGCCGGAGCCGAGGCCACUCCGCGCUGCUGGAUUCCAGCGGACCCACGCAGAUCAUACUGGGGCUUCACAGCUACCAAACGGUGAGGGGGCCGGGCGGGCCGGGCGAGGCCGCGUCAGGAACCGGACUCCAGAACGAGGCGGAGGAGGUCGACGCGCGGAGCUCACGCUGCUCGCCGUCAGCGGACCUGCAGGCGUGCACGCCGGAGAGCCCGGCCUCUCCUCUCUCCUUCCACUCGGCGGAGAGUCUGGAUGAGGAGGAGCUGUCGCCCGUCAGCAGGGGGCCCGCGCCUUCCAGGCCUUCCAGCCCCCAGCAAGCCUCCGCGCCCUCCUGCCACCUCCGGCCCUCUAGAAAAAUGGUUCUGGAGCUCGCCGUUAACCUGAAGGGUGUUUCCUUAAGACAUUACUCACCUCUGGGGCCUUUAUCCCCCAUCUCCCCCUCUGUGUUCACGAGCAGCCCCCAAACGCAUUCGCCUCCACUUCACCCCGAGGGUUCAGAGGUGGUCUCACCUGCAGAGCCGAGGGUCUCCUCAGUGAAAGUGGAGGAGGGUGUCUGCCGCUUCACUGCGAAUGCGCAGAGCAGGGAAAUAAACAGAGAGGAGGAGAGAACGAGAGAAGGAAACGGCUGAUUUGGGAGGUUUCAAAAUAAAAAAUCUCCACUCUGAUCAAGUGUCCUUCAGCAGUGUCUGCACCCGAGCGGGAGGUGGAGCUGCAUCGUUCUCCCCCCGCACGCAGGAGCCCCUACCCCGUUUAUUAUUCUGAACACUCACGCCGUGCAUUUGCACUAAAUGAUGCAUAUGCAGUCUUUUCCUAAAACCAGCAUUUCUUACACACCGCUCGCUUAGAUUGCACCCAGGUUAACCUGCUGUGUAAUAAAAUGUUCCACAAACCUAAACUAAAAGAUUUGGAAACCUGAAAAUCCAGAAUAUCCGCUUCAUGUCAGAGCCAAUACAACACCGCCUUAUACUGUGAGUCCUGAAGCCUUUGGAGGGAUGCGUUUCAUUUCUUCGUCAUCACGAGGUGAUAAAAAUGUUGUUUCGUGACUGUCGUAGUGCAGAAUGAUGUUUUACAUUUUUGAUAGUCAACGCUAUAAACCUUUCAUUUCUUUUAAAAAGAAUUAUACAAAUAUUAUUCUGACUCAAAUAUAAGAGACAUGGUUUCAAUUAUGUCACAAAUUAUUACACAUAUAGUGCACAGGUGUUUGUAGCAAAUGUGUUGUCAUAUUUAAAUGACAAUACGAUGAACAGAAAUGAACUUUCUGCUGGCUUUAGUUUUCAGUAGAUUUCAUGGCAAAGAAAAUACUAAAUAUCACAUUUUCUUUUUUCUCUUAAAUCAAACCAAUUAGUUGGUUUUAAUCAAAGGCAAACUUUAGCAGAGAAGACUGCUUCUACCUUUUUAAAGACAUUUUUAGGAUUAUAAAUAUGUUGUUUUAGCUAACACGCUCCUGCGUGACAGAGCCACAUCAAACUAAACACAUAAAAAGUUUUGAAUGAAUGAAAGAAAAACAAUGAAAUUAGUGUUUGGUAGAUUAUUUAUUUAUUGUAAAAAUGCUUCUUGACAAUAGAUCUUAUACCAGGCAGCUGAUUGGCAGCACCUGAGGGCGACCAGAAACUGUAAACAAGUGAGAAGAUUUGGCAAAAUUCUCACCUCAAAACUCGGUUCAUCCCAUAAAUGCAUGUUCCGUACAAAUGUGGCUCCAUUUAAAAUGGAAAUUACCAGACUUUCAAACAGUAUAAGAUUUAUUGCCAAGAAUUAUUGUUACAACAAAGAAAUAAUCUACCCAACACAAUUGUCCUUACUUUUUGUUCUAAGUUUAUUUGUCCUCUUUCUUCUACCAAACUGCAAAUAUUUAAGGCUGUUGAUGUUCUUCUCCUUGUAAUUCAGUCACACUUCUUAAAAAAAAGUCUGGAAAUGUCAUCAUUCACCUCAGUAAAUACUGGUAUUGAUGCUGCGGGAAUUAAAAUCCAUUAAAUAUUAAUGGCAGAGAAACAGUUAACUUAGCACAAACCCUCAUUCUUAGUGGUAAAAAUCUAACUGCUGCAACAAAUUUAUCACAUCGGUUUAUUAUUUAAGAAAGUGAAACUUGAGGAAAAUUUGACCUUUGACCCAAGAUGGCCAACUUCCUGUUGGUUUUAGUGAAUAACUCCAAGAGACUUUUUUUCUUGAUUUAAGGAGAUCUACCAGUGCCCCGAAUUUCAGCUCUCUAGGACUUACCAGUUCCUCUUUCUCAUGUUAGGUGGCGCUGUCGAGUCAUUUGGCCACGCCCAAUAAAAAAAUACCAAUGGAAUCAUGCGAUUUUCACCAGGGGACAAUUUUGGGUUUAAGUGUUUCUUCCUGUUUCUUUAACACAAGCAGACAACCAGCUAUUUUAGCAAUAGACAAUAGACAUAGAAUUAAACAAUAGUUUUUGUUUUAAGAGGAGUUCCUAUAUAUUUUAUAUUUGUGCAAAGCUAAUUGUAUACUUGCGGUAAAAAAAAACUACUUUUAUGUGUUUUUUAUUUAUUAUUGUUCCAGUACUUGUUUAACAUCACUAAAUAUGCUUCUGUCCAACCUUUAUGAUACUUGGGCUUCAUGCACCAACCUGUUUUUUUAAAGCUUUUCAGGAAGUUUAGCAAGAAUUAAAACUGAAGACUUGGAUGAACGUCGAGGUUGAGUCCAAGGACGUUGCCUGUAAAUCUGCUCAGCUACUCGUUCUCUCACUUGAAUAAUCCGGUGUUAAUCUGUGAUUGUAUUUACGCUCAAAAAGACUGAAGUGAAUGAAUGAGAGAAGCCGACCUGCUGACUGUGCUCGCUUUACUGAAGGUGUCUGGACUGCGAGUGGGAAAAUGACUUCAUAUUUUCUACAAUGGGAACAAUAAAAAAAAAAAAAAUCUAUUUUUCAGUCUUCAGUGGAGACUUGUGCUAAUUUAGACACUGCUAUGUUCUGCUGGUUUUGGGCACCAUUUGUAAAGCUGUUUUGCCUCAUGUUGUGACACUGGUGGGCAAAUAUUUUACUAAUCAAUGGAGAACUUUUAAAGAAUGUAAGUUUAGCCUUUUUUUUUUUCUUAUUUCCAUCAGUAUCUUGCAGCAGAAGGAAAAGGUCGAUCACCAGUGUUGGUCAGUAAAAGAGGGGCAUAAAUGUGAGUUCCUGCAGGUUUUCUUCUAAAGUGAGCUGAAUGUGCCAUGAUGCCACCCUCGUGCUUCUUAUCGUAGAUUGAGUUGUAAAAAGCUGCUGCUACAGCCUGCGUGUGCCAUUGAAGAGGUUUCCAUCUAAAACUGUUUUUUAAGCUUUGCUCUUUCAACCAUUUGACAGUAAAUAAUACAGUAUGAUUUACUGUCAGAAUAAAACACAUAACAGCACAGAUUAUUUCUCUGGCAUAAAACAUUUCACUGCUUCAUCAAGAAGUUUAUCUCUGGGAUUAUCAAGAAUGUGGAUUUUCUGUAACUUUACAGAAGUGUGUGUAAAUAUUCUCUCCUGGUUACAUUCAACACCUUGAAGCUCUUUUUAGAUAAUGUGAUGUGAUUUUUCAUGUUAAUAAUGACCCAGUGGUAGUGGCUGAAUAUCUAUUGCACUGUUAAAUACACAGACCUGUUAAAUACACAGACCUGUUAAAUACACAGACCUGUUAAAUACACAGACCUGUUAAAUACACAGACCUGAGGCCAUUGUAAAGUUUUACUUGAUCAAAUUGAUGAAAACUUUUUUUCUUGUGUUUUUUUGUAAUGUUCAUCCUGAAAGGCUGAAGUCAUCAUCUAAUUGUUUGAAAGCAUUUCUUACAUUUUGAGGUUUUCCGUCUAAAACCUGCACAGCUUUCUGCUUUUAUUUUGUUGUUUUAAGGUGCCUGAAAUGAAUAAAGUUAAACCUGCAGCUCA